CUGCAGACACAACUCUUGAAUAAGCCAUUUCCCCUUACAACCAAUUCUCCUAGGCCGCUUAUUUGUGACUGGGCCCGAAUUCCCCGACUUGGCUGCUAACGCCCCCGCUAGUUGUCAGGAGCAGCGGUGGGCAUGGAGUGGUUCAUCGACGCAUAUGGGGAUAGCUUUGUGGUCGCUCCUACGGCUGCGGAUGCCCGCUCUCAAGGGCAGCCCGAGCAGGCUCACGCAUGUUCCUCAGUGUUCACCUUCCCAAUGCACGCCCGCAAGAAGGGCUGCGCACCGCCGUCGCCGCGCGGCAGCGGCGGCCUGGACGAGCCGCUACUAGCUGCAGACGGAACCUGUGCCAUCUACGUAGGCGACCGCAUCGUCACGCAACCCGAAUCGCCCGCCUCCUCGUCCGCUCAGCAGCAGCAGCCCGCAAAGCGGCAGCAGCCCAACCGCGCGCUUUGCGCGCUUUGGGGGCCGAGCGACGUGAAUGACAUGGUCGUGACGGUCGUCGCAAAGGGUGCGGCGGCAUCUUCAGCGCCUAGCGACAAAUUGGGGCUGCAGCCCAGGAGCCCUGAGCUCCAGCGCGAUACGCUGCCGCCGGCACGUGACCAGGCACCGGUUGCGUCGCCCUCCGGCGCCGUGCCGCCGCCACCAGCCGCUUCUAAGUCCUUCUCCUACAGCCAGUCGCACCCUAUGCAGGACUCGUUCGCGGGGGGGAGCGGUGGCAGCGGUCAGCAGCUCCGCUCCUUCAGCUCCAUGCAAGGGCGCACGGGCUUCGGCAGCGGCGGCGGCGCGCCGCCCGCCGGAGGGGCUGCGCCGGGGGCCUCGGGCGGGCUGCAGGGCAGCGGCUCUCAGCUGCAUGCCUGGGCCAGCACGGAGUGGUGGCGCAACAUGAGCAGCAGCCGGCUAAACGAGAUGGCGGAUGCGGAGGACCCGCGCUCGCCGGAGAUGCGGAAGAUUCCUUAUGUGGGCGGCGCGGCGCCCAUGUGUGCUCUGUGCCACGGCGACGGCGACGGCAGUGCCGACCGCGAGGAGCAACAGGUGGCGGCGGUCCUGCAGCAGCAGUUGUAGAGGAGCAGCACUGUUGGGCAGGCAGUGGGCGGGCCUGCUGCAGGGAGGGCUUAGAUGAUGCUGGGGGGAGCAUUGGUGUGUUUGUAGAGCAGAGUGAAGGGAGCGGGUUAGGGGGAGAGAGAGACCUUCCGCACCGCCGUGUCAGGUGGCUCGUAACGUAGUUGGGUAGCAGACCGGUUGACAUGUCAGAUGCUGCGGCGUGCUGGGUUGAGUCAGGCGCUGUUGCGUACCAUGUGGCGAGCAAGUUGCGAACGGGUCGCCGAUAGCCAGGACGGCAGCCGCAAGUCGCAAGGUCGCUGGGACCAUGUUUGAAACACUUUGGGUAUUCAGUUUCUGUGGAGUGUAUCCACCAUGCGUUGCCGGGUUUUUGGUUGUCGACAAUGUGGGUGCCGUAGGUGGCGUGCGCCUGGCCGGUGCCCAGAGGAUGCGGCUUUGGAGUGUCAGGGCCCGCACGACUGCCUGACACGGCAGGGGCGUGUGGGAUAGUUUGGCGCUAGUGUUUACGGCUAGCUUAGAGAAGCUGGCCCUUUUACGGUAUUUAGUCUACGCAGAUUCAUUUGUACUGUCGCCCCCGCGCGUCACGAGCGGUGCACUCACAUGCCGUUCAUGUCCCAACUGCCGGCGCACAUUGCAUUGUUGUUGGUACUUUCGGUGUGUGAAUGAGGCGAGUACGGUUCAGGUUUGUUCCUGAAUUUUACGAGGUUGGAGUGGAUGACGUUUGUGUUCCCGGAUGCGUCGGAAGCAGGGGGUUGCCCGGGGCCUAAAUGCAAGCGGAAGACAGUUGAAGCUGUUUCUGCGGUUCUCUGCUCAUGUACUUUGCAUAAUAUCAGCUAAAGGGAGGCGUCGCAAGUUUACGGCGGGGCAACUUGAGAGGGUGUAGACACCCGCGCGUGCCGAGUCUGCUGUGGUAGUGGUGGGUGUGCUCCGCCAGCACAGGAUAGAGACGCAGAGCACGAAUAAGAAUGGACCAAGCGCAGCUUCGCAUUGGCCAUCGACCAAGCCGUUGUAAAAGUAUGCUUAUGUUGACGAAUAACGAACAGGGGGGCUGGGGGCCCGGCGGUGAGAAGGGGGGGACUUGACGGGGCGGCUGCAGGAGCGGAGCAGCUUGAGCUGUGUUUGCCUGCUGUCCAUGGCCUGGCCGUCAGAAUACAAGAGC